UCUGACUUUUGACCUUUCAUCUAGGAAUUGACCUGUGUAAUUUUACUCAUGAAGAUAAACUUUGCUGAAACUAUAAUGAGAAGUAACAGAACCACUUCAGUGACAGAAUUCCUCUUUUCUGGCUUUCCCAAGUUUGAAGAUGGAGGUGUCCUCUUCUUCAUCCCUUUGUUCUUCAUUUACAUAUUCAUUGUUAUUGGGAAUCUCAUUGUGUUUUUUGCAGUCAGGAUGGAUGUUCGUCUUCACAACCCCAUGUAUAAUUUCAUCAGCAUUUUCUCAUUUCUGGAGAUCUGGUAUACGACUGCAACCAUUCCCAAAAUGCUCUCUAACCUCAUCAGCAAGCAGAGGACAAUCUCCAUUAUUGGCUGUCUCUUGCAGAUGUACUUUUUCCAUUCACUGGGAAAUUCAGAGGGUAUUUUGUUGACCACAAUGGCUAUAGACAGGUAUGUUGCUAUCUGUAAUCCUCUCCGGUACCCAACUAUCAUGACCCCCAGGCUCUGUGCUCAGCUCUCUGCUGGCUCCUGCAUCUUUGGUUUUCUUGUAUUGCUCCCAGAGAUUGCAUGGAUAUCCACACUGCCCUUCUGUGGUCCCAACCAAAUUCAUCAGAUCUUCUGUGACUUUGAACCUGUGUUGCGUUUGGCCUGUACAGACACCUCCAUGAUUCUGGUUGAGGAUGUGGUUCAUGCUGUGGCCAUCAUCUUCUCUGUCUUGGUGAUUGCCAUCUCUUACAUCAGAAUCAUCACUGUGAUCCUGAGGAUUCCCUCUGGCGAAGGGCGCCAGAAAGCCUUCUCUACUUGUGCUGCCCAUCUUGGUGUCUUCCUGAUGUUUUAUGGCAGUGUCUCCCUCAUGUACCUGCGGUUCUCGGCUACUUUUCCACCAAUUUUGGACACAGCCAUUGCACUGAUGUUUGCAGUUCUUGCUCCCUUUUUCAACCCUAUCAUCUAUAGUCUGAGAAAUAAGGACAUGAAGAUUGCAAUUAAGAAGCUUCUCUGUUCCCAAAGGAUGCUGUCUACAUCUGCAAGUUAAUCUUCUCAUAAAUGCCUCUCUCUCCAGAUUUAACUCCAAUAUA